AUGUACAACAAUAAUAAUAAUUCAUCCUUCUACUCUUCGGGUACAGGAUUUGUACCACCAACUCAGGGUUAUUCCUAUCAACAACCUCCUCCUAUCAAUACACAACCUCCUAUCAAUAAUAUGAAUUCAUCUUUUUCCAAUCUUCCAAAAACAUCCUAUUAUUCAGGUACAACAACAACAACAACAGCAGAUCAAGCACAAAGAAUUAGACAAUUACAAGCUGAUUCUAUAAUUAAAAGAUUUCAUAAUGCUAAAAUUGUUUCUACAUUAGAUAAUAAUGUACUUGAUGUUCCUAUUACAUUAAAGAAUGGACAACAAAUUACUUUCCGUGUUUUAAUGCAACAAGCCUUCCCACAACAACCACCUCUAAUUACUACUCUCUGUACAAUUAAACAUGCAAAUGUUGAUUUAAGUGGUUACGUUGUUCAUCCACAAUUAAGACAAUGGACUCAACAAUCAAGUCUUGGAGAUGUUUUGACAAUAGUUUUUAGAGAUUUUAUCAACACUCCUCCAAACUAUAUUUCUGAUGAAUUACCAAAGAAUCAUAUCACAAAAACAACAGCAAAUAUUGGUAUGAUUACUCCUCCAAUCGGAUCUACUCCUCCUCCUGGUUUAAAUCAAACAUCUCCAUUGAUGUUUAAUCAACCUCCAAUUAAUCAACCUCCAAUGACAAGUUCAACUUAUCCUCCAAAUAAUACAAUUCCAUCCAUGACAAAUCCAAUGACUAAUUCAAUGACAAGUACUGUCCCAACAAAUACUCAACCAACUUUCCAAGAUUCCUCUUGUAUGAUUCCUUUACCAAAUAUUCCAACAAACUUUUCUGAAAUUUCUUUACUUGAAGGAGUUGAUGCCGUUCAAAAAUUACUUGAUAGUGAAGAAUUAUUCAAGCAGUUUAUUGAAAACUUAUCAUUUACAAGAGAAGCAAAGAAUAUUUAUCAAGAUUUGAGAAAUGCCAAUAUGGAUAUUGCCAAGAGAAGUGUAGAAAAAGAUGAACAAAUCAAUAACACUCUCAAAGAACAAAUUACUCAAAAAAAGGCAGAAGUUGACAGACUUUUGGAUCAAGUUCAAUUUUUACAAAAUAAGCAACAACAACUUUCUCAAAGAUAUGCACCAACUCAAUUAUUAAUUAUGUUAAAUGAAAAGAUUGAUGAAGUUGACAAUGAAAGUGAACAAGUAGGAGAUUUGUUCCUUGAUAGUCCAACAGCUGAACCACAUCAAGUGAAAGAAUUUAUUGACAAGUAUUUGGAAAAGAGAACACUUUAUUACUUGAGAAGACAAAAACGUGAUCGUUUCAAGGAUACCUAUAUUAAAUAA